AGCACACAGUGCCAGGUAUCGCCCAGGGUUGGGUGCGUGUCGAGCCUUUCGGUCAGUCUAGCGUGGAACGUGUUCGCGUCAAGGCACUCUCCCACUCGCGCUCUCUCUUCAUCCAUACACACUACUUUACUUACUCACUCCUCUCUCAUAUACUCCACCAUGCUCAUGCCCGGUGCCCUGCCUGCUGCCAUGCCCUCCGGAAUCACCACGCCCACCAUGCACCCACAGACCAUGGAGGCGGCAGGCAUUAGCCAAAAGGACACGACCUUCACCAAAAUAUUCGUGGGCGGCCUGCCGUAUCACACCACCGACAAGUCUCUUCGGGAGCACUUCGAGGUCUACGGCGAGAUCGAGGAAGCCGUCGUCAUCACCGACAGACAAACGGGCAAAAGCCGCGGCUACGGUUUUUCGUCGGCUGGUCCACUACCACCACAACCGUACCACCAACUACCACCACCUCCUCCACCACCACCAACCACCACCAACCACCAACCACAUCUCCAACAAAAAGCUUGAAGCGUUUAAGCUCACUCGCCGGGGCUAAAAUGAGCUCGGAAGUCUCACUCGUUGUAGACACGUGUAAGUCACGAUGGCAGACAAGGCAGGUGCAAGACCGUGCCAAUCAAGGAGCCGGUCGCAA